CGCAUGUUCCCAGCCCACCACCCCGGACUUCAAACCUAACCUUUCUUUAAGUGUUUAUAAUAUUUUCACCAUGCUGUGGGCGGUGAACACCAUCAUAAGGAAAUUCUCCUCGAGCUCUGCUUACUACCAAAAUAAGCUGAAGCUGGCCCUGAUUGGCCAGAGCUUGUUUGGACAGGAAGUAUACACAAACCUCCGCAAGCAGGGCCAUAAAGUGGUGGGUGUAUUCACAGUUCCUGAUAAGGACGGCAAGGCGGACCCCCUGGCGGUGGUGGCGGAGAAGGAGGGGACGCCGGUGUUUAAGUUCCCACGGUGGCGGGUGAAGGGUAAGCCCAUCCCAGAGGUGGUGGAGGCGUACAAAGCGGUGGGCGCCGAGCUGAACGUCAUGCCCUUCUGCUCCCAAUUCAUCCCUAUGAAUGUGAUCGGCUUUCCCAAACACGGCUCCAUCAUUUAUCACCCCUCCGUCCUGCCUAGACACAGAGGAGCCUCUGCCAUUAACUGGACACUAAUCGAGGGUGAUAAGAAAGCAGGAUUUAGUAUAUUCUGGGCUGAUGAUGGUUUGGACACCGGCCCCAUCCUGCUUCAAAAGGAAUGUCCAGUAGAGCCCAACGAUACAGUGGACACACUUUAUAACCGCUUUCUGUUUCCAGAGGGCAUCAAGGCUAUGGUAGAAGCUGUACAGCUCAUUGCAGACGGCAAAGCUCCAAAGAUCCCUCAGUCUGAAGAAGGAGCCAGCUAUGAGGGAAUCCAAAAGAAAUCCAAUGCUAAGGUGAAUAUGGCUCAGCCAGCAGAGGUCAUCCAUAACUGGAUCCGUGGUCAUGAUAAAGUUCCGGGUGCCUGGGUUGUCAUUGAUGGAAAGCCAGUAACGCUGUACAGCUCAUCAAUGCUGAGCGGGUCAUUGCCCGCAGGUCAGCCAAUCGAGGUGGAAGGGGCGUCUCAUCCUGGACUCAUUGCCAAAUCUGGGCUUAUUCUGUUUGGGUCUGAUGGAAAAGCGCUCCAGGUGAAGAACCUGCAGUUUGAGGAUAGAAAGAUGAUUCCUGCAUCCAAAUACUUCUCGUCAGAUGAGGCUGCCAGUUUGGAUCUCACAGACGAUGAGAAGAAAAUGGCAGAGGAAAUCAGGGCGAUCUGGAAAGGUAUUCUGAGUAAUGUUCCAGUUAUUGAUGACACAACCGAUUUCUUUAAGUCUGGAGCUGCUUCCAUGGAUGUAGUCAGAUUGGUGGAGGAGGUGAAGCAGAAAUGCGGAGGAGUUCAGCUUCAGAAUGAGGAUGUCUACAUGGCCACCUCCUUCCAGAGCUUCAUCCAGAUGUUCGUCCGCCGCCUGCGAGGAGAAGACCAGGAGGAGGAGCUGGUCAUCGACUACGUGACAAAAGACGUCAAUAACAUGACAGUGAAGAUGCCAUAUCAGUGUUUCAUCAAUGGCAAUUUCGAAGAUGCCGAAGAUGGAAAGACAUACAGCACUGUGAACCCAACAGAUGGUUCGGUGAUCUGUAAGGUGUCAUAUGCAUCCGUGGCGGAUGUGGACAGAGCAGUUAGUGCAGCCAAAGAGGCCUUCGACAACGGACCUUGGGGUAAGAUGAACCCUCGUGACCGCGGACGGCUGCUCUACCGUUUGGCUGACCUGAUGGAGGAACACCAGGAGGAGUUGGCAACUAUUGAGACGAUUGACUCUGGUGCCGUUUAUACUCUGGCCUUGAAGACACAUGUUGGCAUGUCCAUUCAGACGUUCAGAUACUUUGCUGGCUGGUGCGACAAGAUCCAGGGCUCAACGAUACCCAUCAAUCAGGCCAGACCCAAUCGCAACCUCACCUUUACAAAGAAAGAGCCUCUGGGUGUUUGUGCCAUAGUGAUUCCUUGGAAUUACCCACUUAUGAUGUUGGCAUGGAAGAGUGCAGCCUGUCUGGCGGCGGGAAACACACUCGUCUUGAAACCUGCACAGGUAACUCCACUAACCGCGCUAAAGUUUGCUGAGUUGACAGUCAAAGCUGGCAUUCCCAAUGGAGUCAUCAACAUUGUACCAGGAUCAGGUGGUCUGGUCGGGCAGAGGAUGUCUGAUCACCCUGAUAUCCGUAAGCUGGGUUUCACAGGCUCUACUCCCAUAGGCAAACAAAUCAUGAAAAGUUGUGCAGUCAGUAACUUGAAGAAGGUUUCUCUGGAGCUGGGCGGUAAAUCUCCCCUCAUCAUCUUCAGCGACUGCGACAUGGACAAAGCAGUGAGAAUGGGCAUGAGCUCUGUGUACUUCAACAAGGGAGAAAACUGUAUCGCUGCAGGCCGGCUGUUUGUUGAGGAGUCCAUUCAUGACGAGUACAUCAGGAGAGUGGUUGAGGAAAUCAAGAAGAUGAAGACUGGAGAUCCUUUGGAUCGCUCCACAGAUCACGGACCUCAGAACCACAAGGCUCACCUGGACAAGCUGGUGGAGUACUGUGAGCUCGGCGUGAAGGAGGGGGCAACGCUUGUGUAUGGUGGGAGGCAGGUGGACAGACAAGGCUUUUUUAUGGAGCCCACAGUCUUCACAGAUGUAGAGGACCACAUGUUCAUCGCCAAAGAGGAAUCCUUUGGCCCUGUUAUGGUGGUAUCCAAAUUCAAAGAUGGUGAUGUAGAUGGAGUUCUGAGCAGAGCCAAUAACACAGAGUUCGGCCUGGCCUCUGGAGUCUUCACCCGUGACAUCAACAAGGCCAUGUACGUGAGCGAGAGGCUGGAGGCAGGAACCGUGUUCGUCAACACCUACAACAAAACCGAUGUGGCGGCUCCCUUUGGAGGCUUCAAACAGUCCGGAUUUGGGAAAGACCUUGGUGAAGAAGCCCUGCACGAGUACCUGCGGACUAAAGCUGUGAUGGUGGAGUAUUGAAUGAAAAAGACUGCAUGGCCCGUGACUGCAGCUUGAAGUGGCCGGACAUUGAUAGGAAAAGCAUUUCCUGCCAUGACUACACUGAUGUGCCUACGUUUUUUAUCACCCUUUUUUCUGGAAAUGUUUGGAGUGGGACAAAUGCUGACUUACCAGUCUACACUGGCUAACAAUGUUUUAAAAAUGGAAAAAAUGGCAAAAGACCUCCAAGUGGAGCCAAGGACACAGAAUCAGCCACAAAUCAGAUCAAGCAUUGUUUUUAACUAGUAAACAGGUAUCAUACUGAGGUAAAGUGAAUUAUCAGACUGAGUCAGUUUCAGGAAGUAACCACAACACUACAAUGAUCUUGAGCGUUUCCUAAUCAUGUUUCCAGAGACAAGUAAUUUGUCUGUCCACGCUGAACAUGAAACUGCUGCGUGAUGCUUUUGCCGUGAUGCUGAAACCAAGAAACCAACAAAAUGUCCUGUCGCUCAUCAUAUCACAACUGGUUAGGAUAAAAUGGCUCAUUUACACAACUGUUCAAAAGUUUGAGGUCAGAAGUCUCACCAAGGCUGCA